CUAUGAUGAAAAUUACAGGCCUCUCUCAUAUUUUUAAGUGGGUGUCAUAGGUGUAUGUAUAUUACUUCCCUAUUUAUACAAAUGUCUGGAUAACUGUAUUACAGCAUCUGAAGUGUGUGCAAUGCUCUGCAUUGUGUGCAGUAGUAUACUGUAAUUUAGGUGCAAUGUUUUGGGUCAAGCUUAAAGCUUCAGUGCGAUUGGUCAGUGAAGGACCAGGUGACUCGGUAGUCACGCGCUUUCCAACGAACCCGUCAGGAAGAAGAAAAACAAAACAAACGCAAGAGAAAGGCAGCGUGGACUCCAUUGAAAUUGCUUUGUUAUUGCUCAGAUAGGAAUAAACACGAAGCGAAACACGACACAAAACGUUCAUAUGGGGUUUCUAAAGACGCCAGGCAUCAGACGAGAACUAGACUUCCAUGAGUUCACAGAGUUUUCCACAAUAAAGAAGACUCUUUUUGUUACUUAACUCAUAGAUUUUUCUACUGUCGGUUGACAUCAUCCGAAGACGACUGGGACACGAGGUGGAGGAAACAUUCACAAUAAGGAACAGAGAUCGGUGCUCGGCGAUGCCUCAGCCCGGCAUCAGUGGAAUGGAUCUUCCCUUUGGGGAUUUCUUUCAAAAUUAUACUUUUGCUGAUCAGGCGCUGACCAGCACGGACCUGUUGGCGAGUAACACAGACCCAGACUUCAUGUACGAACUGGACAGAGAAAUGACUGCUUGCCUAAGUCCUAGAGUUGAUCACUUCACGGUGGGGGACUGCAAGGAGAUGGAGUGUGGGGAGCACCUCAUGGAGCUGGUGGACAGCGACCCGGCCUACAGCUCGAACUUUGAGCAGUGGGAUACGUACUGGGAGGACCUGACCAAGUACACCCGUUUCACCAGCUGUGACAUCUGGGGCACCAAGGAGGCAGGCCUGGAUGACUUCUCCAGCCCUUACCAAGAUGAGGAGGUGAUUGCCCGGACCCCCACCUUGGCUCAGCUCAACAGCGAGGACUCGCAGCCCCCUGUGUGUGACACACUCUACCACCCUGAUCUGCUGAUAGGGGGCCAGAAGCAGCACACCUCCCUCCACCCACUCUCCCUGAGCAAGAAGACAGCCGCCCGCCCGGGCCCCUCCUCCUCCUGCUCCAACCUGGUCAAGAACCCCCUGGGCGACUUUGCCAAGGGUUCCCAGAAGGCCACCUGGCCUGUCCCCUCCAGCACAGAGACAAUGUCCAAGGCCCAGGGAACCAGCAAGAUGGCCACCCUGGGCUACCACUGCAAUGACUACGUGCGCAAGGCAAAGGUUCGCAUCAGCAUGCCCCACCGGCCCCUAGUCGACAUGCCCAUGGCCUCCCAUCAGGUUGAGGCUGAAAACCACUUCACAUACAGCAGCAAGCCCCCAGAGCUGGCCACCACAUCUGGCUGUGCUGCCCCUGUGGCUGCUCCUGCUACUGCAGCCUCCGCCUCUGCCUCCGCCAGCACCCUGGCCUAUGAGAAGACGGUAGAGCUGCCUCGCCGGGAGAUGCCACCCGCCUCAGUGGGCACGUCUGGCGCUGUGCCCCCUAUGCUCCACUACCCUGUAGCUGGGGCUGGGGCCAGCGAGACCCUGGUGACUGCCAGUGGGACUGACCCAGUCUCUGACAAGAAGAAGGAGGAGGAGCACAACUACUCCCUGUUCCUAACCCGAGCCAGGCUGGCCGGGAAAGCCCUCACUGAGGAGGAGGAGGAAGAGGUUGAAGAGGAGGAGGAGGAAGAGGAGGAGGUGGGGGAGGACGAAGAGGAUGCUGAGGGGGUGGAGCUGGAUGAAGAUCUCGAUGAAGAUCAUGAUGAGGGUUUUGGCAGCGAGCAUGAGCUCUCUGAGAAUGAUGAUGAGGAAGAUGAGGAGGACGAUGAUUAUGAGGGGGAUAAAGAUGAUGACAUGAGCGACGCCUUCUCCGAGCCAGGUAGCCAUAUAUCAGGAUGUGACAAUGACGCGGUGGAGGACGUGAAGGGGCUGACGGCAGGGAUCUCCAGGAAGAGGGGCAAGCGCCGCUACUUCUGGGAGUACAGCGAGCAGCUCACCCCCUCCAAGCAGGAAUGCUUGCUCAAGCCCUCUGAGUGGGACAGGGAGACCCUGCCUAGCAACAUGUACCAGAGGAAUGGCCCACACCACGGGAAGUACACUCUGAAGAAGUCUCGGCGGACAGAUGUGGAGGACUUGACCCCUAACCCUCGCAAGCUGCUGCAGAUCGGGAACGAGCUGCGUAAGCUCAACAAAGUGAUCAGUGAUCUGACCCCGGUCAGCGAGCUGCCCCUCACAGCCCGCCCACGCUCCCGCAAGGAGAAGAACAAACUGGCAUCCAGGGCCUGUCGACUGAAGAAGAAAGCUCAGUAUGAGGCCAACAAAGUCAAGCUGUGGGGUCUGGGCACAGAAUACGAUCGGCUUCUGUUUGUCAUCAACACCAUAAAGGAAGAAAUAGUGAACAGAGUGCAGGAUAUCUGCGACGACAAGGGAACUAGCAUGGCUGAAACUCUGGACAAACUCAUCCAAGAGACCCUUGUGAAGUCACCAGUUGCCGGGCAGACGUCUGACUUUGUUAAUCAGAUCCUAGAGAACACUGGCAAGGGGGAUCCCACUGGAGGACUGGUCGGGCUGCGUGUACCCACGUCUAGAGUGUAGAUGGACCAUGUAGAGGUCUGGUGAUGGCAUACUCAAAGCCAUCCGCGCCAUUCUUGUCCCACACUGUAACGGCUCACCCUCUGCAUGACCAUUCCAUCCAGGAAUCGCAUCACCAUGCCCUGUGGGAAGACAUACAUACCACGCUCCAAAUGUAUGUGUGUCUUCACACUGUGAGCAUGCGCUGAAAUGAAACUUAGUAUCUAUCUCUGCACUAGUAGUCUGUUACUCGCCAUUUGUACACAUGGCUAGUGCACGUGGCUAGUGUCUUUAGGGCCGCAGUGUUUGCGAAUUCAAAGCCAAUAUAUGAAAAAUACCUCCCGAAAUGUUUAUAUUGGAAGAAAAAAAGAUGAUUAUCAGUUCUAGCUGUAGCCAUUUCCUGUAGCGUUCAAACGACCCGUUUCAUGCCUGCGUACCUGGGUGGGAAAGGCAACACAGGAUGCCGUUAUAAUUAGAGCGAGACGACGGGAUGGCACGAGAUAUUUGCUAUUGAAACGUAAAUAGUAACUUGUCAAUCCCAUGUCCUUGUCACCUUUACUGAACUGUGCUUCUCGGAUGAAAAAAACAAACAACUUAAAACAGCCUCUGGGUAUUCCAUAGUGUCUACUGUUGUGGAGGUAUAGGGAACGCUUCAUACCCGUUGUCUGCUUUCCCAUUCUAGCACCGUGGCAUUCACAUAGGGGGAGAUGAUGUUACCCAAUACUCUCAACCUGCCAACCACAUUAUAAGGCAACAAAAACACACAAGCACCUGAAUUACUACUAACAUUAAGAAAGUCUACUUUGACAUAAUGCGCUAAAAAUUAGUAGAAGUUAGGGGGGGGGGGGUACACAGGAAUGCAGUGAAAUGUUGUUUUGCGAUUUGGCCUGAUUUUUUUUUCAAUUCCAUUAUCCUGUGUUUUUGCAGUUGAGAAGAUAUUUCAAAUAGACUUGAGCAGAAGGCCACUAUAUUCCCAUCCGUUGCAUGGGAAAAAUUCUUAGUCAUCUGACUAUAAGCUAGAUGACGUGAUUAUAACAACCAUUUCCUCGAUCUAUAUACCCUUUGGUUGAAGCGUCUUCAAAUGAAAGCACCAUUGGCUUCUUGCAAAGUAGGGAUGAGAGGGCUAAUAGUUUGAAGUUCCUUAGUUUGGUGUGUUCAUAUUUGUAUUUAAUAACAGUACUGUUCAUUGUGCCUUGUAUUUAAAGUGAGAUGAUUACACAAGUGGUUGAAGGAUAGUGGACCAUUUUACACUGAGGGAGAGCAGAACAUGGUGCAGGAAAGGUAAAGAGGUUUGUUAUGUAUUUCUGCUCUUUCAAGCUAUUCUGAAUGUACAUAUGAACAUGGACCAUGUAGAUAUAUGCCACAGAGUCUGUGCAUUGUAUUAUAAGAUGGCUCUGACAAAAAAUGUACUUUGGUUAUCGGUACUUGGACUUUGGGGCAGAGAAUGGGAGGGUUAAAAAAAGGAUAUUCGUAUAGAAUUUAAAAAAAAUAUUUGCACACUAUAUUUUGAUUGCUUUUUGUACCAAAGACACAUGCAACGAAAACGGCGACUAGCCAGAUAAAGUAAGGUUUUGCACAGCUUACCUGACACCGUAUUGAAUGUAGGAAAUGUGGUAGGGUCAGGGAUUUUCAUUGAACUGUGAAAUUGGCUUGGGUCCAAUUACGUACUGAAAGAAGCAUUCAUUAACUUUUUCUAAACGGCUCCUGUCAGUUGGCUUCUCAAGUAGAUUAGUUGCUUUAAAAACAUUUGAUAGAUUCCAGAAGUUACAUGUUAUACUUCCACUUCUAUUGUGCUUUGGCACGAAGUAGAAAAGAGAAGGAGAACAUACAAUUUUUAAUUUUGACUGUUUGUCAAAACGUCACAAAUAACCAAAAGGUAUAUCACUUCUAUAAUUUAUGUAGGUGAGACGAAUACACAUAUGUCAUAUUAAGUGUUGCGUAUUUAUAGUAAUGUCCAUUCAUGCGUACACAUAUGUCUAUCUAUUGUGAAUUGCCACUUUUUCAAAUUGAUACGUUAGUAAGCAUGACACAUUUCUAAGGCCUAUCCUCACAUUCAGAGAAACUUUGGAGAAAAAAAAAUUGAAUGAAAAAACAAAAACAUUUUUGUACUAUUUGCCUUUUUCUGUUGGUGCGCAUGUAUGUCAUUUGAGAGAUGUUCAGAGAAAUACAUUUCUGGAUGGAGACUCUGCAUGAGAUAGGGUGGGGUUUCUGGAUGGAGACUCUGCAUGAGAUAGGAUGGGGUUUCUGGAUGGAGACUCUGCAUGAGAUAGGGUGGGGUUUCUGGAUGGAGACUGCAUGAGAUAGGGUGGGGUUUCUGGAUGGAGACUCUGCAUGAGAUAGGGUGGGGUUUCUGGAUGGAGACUCUGCAUGAGAUAGGGUGGGGUGUCUGGAUGGAGACUCUGCAUGAGAUAGGGUGUGGUUUCUGGAUGGAGACUCUGCAUGAGAUAGGUUAGGGUUUCUGGAUGGAGACUCUGGGAGGGGUUCCUCCUGUUUUUUGUGAUCUUUGUGAAGAGGCUCUAGUUUUUUAGGGGUUGUUCUGAAAGUAAGCGAUUGAAUAUCAUGGAUAUCAUUCUGGUUUCUUUGUGCCCUCCGCCUCAGUUCUUGACACAAAGCUCCUCUGUUGCGCUGAGUCACGGGGAAGAUUGAUAGAAAACGAAUGGAUGAUAAGUCUCAAUUGUAUACUUGCAAUUGUAGUCUUAACCUGUAUUACAAUCUCAGCCCAGACGAAAUGAGGUGAGCAGCUUUUAGAUAGGUCUAGCGUCUGUCUUUGCUGCUGUAACUUGUCAAUGUUGUCAAUUUGAAAGACUAGGUUUGCUAAUUUCAAGAAAACAAGGAGACUUGAGGCUGAAUUCAAUCAAACCGGCACAGCUGAAAAACCCUCUCUGUGGGAACGUAACACUGUCCUUAUUCUGAGAAAGGGCAUGUUUUAAUUGAAAAUGUAGUGAACAUUUUCUUAUUUCAGUACUGAAGCUAUCUGAACAUGCCUUUUGUUUGCUGUAGAGAAACAAUGUUAUUGUUCUGCAAAGCAGGUUUCCGCACUGCAUGCCAUACUCCAACUAUUUUUUAUUGAAUUAAAAAAAGGAAAAAAUACACUCUCUGAAACUAGAAUGAUACAUUUGAUAAGAUAUCUUAUUCUACUUACUUUGUUAGUGUGGUAAAUAUUCUCUAUAUACCGUCCAUGGUUUGUUUUUGUAGUGUUUCAUUUUGUAAAUGGAUUUAUCUUCUAAAAUAUUAUAUUUGUAUAGUAUAUUCUAUAUUACAUGUAUGAAAAAGAAAGCACUUUUGUUCAACAAAAAAACAACAACAAAAAACAAGUAUGAAGAAAAGCAUUUUUCCUUCCAUUUGCUGCUAAACCGACCUUGUUUGAAUGCUGCAGUGAGUACUUGACUUCUGUAACCUGACCAGGACAGUGUGUUGGGGAGGUCUUAAGAGGGCAAUCAACCUUUGAUUACAAUGCCCCUAUGUUCUGAAUGACUCUUAACGUCAUGAAUUCAUUUGCCUUCAGUAGAGAUUUCCUAUGGAAAAACAAAUUCUGCUUUGGGUUUUUCUUCAGGUUGAUGUACAGUGUAGACACACUUCUUCUGGGCAUUUGCCAGAGAGUUAUAUUGUUAUCAUUUUAAAAGUAAUUUGUACUUGUAACUUGUACUUAAUGGGGAGGGGGAGACUGAGGUACUCACAACAGCCCACAUCCUUUUGUGAGUACCUCAGAAGGAAAACUAUAUCACUGUACUGUAUGGCAAGUAAUUUGCAGUGGAGAUUUAAUCCGGGAUACUUUUUGCCUUCUCAAACACCCAUCCAUUCACUUAAUUAAGAUGGCCAAUAGUGGGUUCAAUUGCAAAGUGGUUUGCUGUGGCAACCGAUCUUGGCCAAUAUUGUACUGUCUACAAUCAAGACCUUCAACCUGGUGAUAUGCUCAAAUCAACGAUGGCCUCUCCAUUGGGAUCACUGAUGGCAAGUGAGGUUGAGCUAGGGGAAUUAAUGUUGUGUAAGAAGCUAGUGGAACAUAGUGUUGUGAGGCUGAUUCCAGCAUCGGGUGUGUGUGUCCACGCAGGUUUUCACAUUUAACAUGAUGGGCGCAAGCUGUGCAACUUUACAUUCUAACCAGGAGACUCUGUGGCAUUUUAACAGUCAAGGAAGUGGUUGACAUUCAAAGCCAGUAACUAUUCCUUCUGCUCUAUUGACAUCAAACAUAUAAACAGAUAAUAGAUUGUGUAAUUAUGUGCUAGUCUCGUCUGAUAAUUGAAUCCAUUAUGGUCUCUUCUGCAGCGAAUCAGGGUAACUACCAUUCUUCUAAUAGAAAUAAAUGUAAUAGAAUAGUAAAUCAAAGGAAAAUAUAUUUAUGUAUUCCAAUUAACGUUGCGAUUUUUAUUUCUGCAGUUCAAUAACUAUGUGUGCGUUUUAAUGGAGAUUCAAUGUAAAACAAAUGGUGCGAUGCUCUCUACAGGAUAAGAAUAGACAAAGGCCAAUGGAUUUGUGAGUAUAAAUAUUUUACCUAGAUUAGUUUUUCUUUAUACUCUAAGAAAUUUAAACGUACAAACUUUUUUUUUUUUUUUUUUUUGUAUUUUCAAAAGGGAAAUAAAUUUAUAUUUCUAGUUUUGAUCCAACUUCUGUUUUACUGUGCUGCUGCUCAUGUAUGGGUUGGUUAUUAAUGGAUUAUAUUGUAUUAAAAAGAUGAUAGUUCAUUAUACAUUACAUAUGCCUAUGCUUAACAGACCUUUUUAUACUUUUUAACAAAUGAUUAACGCUUUGAUCACAUUUGAGUUAACCUUAUAGUCUUAGACCUUGUGGAUAGAUGUCUAAUGGUAGCAUUAACAAACCGCUGGAUCACAAUGAGAAAGAGACCGAUCUCAAUUUAUUCCAAUUCUCCCAAAUGGCUACAGUAGACUAGAGAGGAGGCGGCAAGCGUGUUUGUCCUCUUUUCUUUCAAUUCCUGAUAUGAUUUUGGCUUGCUUUGUAUGUAGUUGUUUGUAGUGUAUGUGAUGACAAUGUUCUUAAAUUGUGCACUAUGCAUGUCUUACUUGUUUUUUUUUGAGUAAGACAGCGUGUUGCUUUAGUUUUCAGCUGUCUCGUGUCUGAGCAGAGCAUUUUCAUUGUAUAAAGUCAGACUCUUAUCCUGUCUCCAUAACCCUAUGGAGGUGUUCCUAGUGGUGAUAGACAGGUGGGGAAUGAGUGGCGCUAUUUCCUCUGACAAUGGAGGAGCCACACGUGUGUGUAACGGAGAAAGACCUGUCUAAUAAUUGCUAGAUGAGUAUGUUCCUUUCCAUCUUAGCUAACCAGUUGAAUGCUUUGUUUUUUUGCUUUAAACUGUCAUUCAAAGGACCUGCAUUCUGCCAUUUAUGUAUAUAUAUAUAUAUAUACCUUUUCCCAUACACCCAUAGUAUCUAUAGAAAUUGAGAACUUAAAGUAUGAACACCUGUAUAGUUGAUAUUUCAUGGGCUGUAUAUUGCCUAUAUAAUUUCUUCAAUGCUUAAAGGGGCGGGCACUCAGCAGUUGCUACCUUUUAUAAAUUAAUGAUACGUAUCCAUUGUUUCUUAAAGAAUAUAGCUUGUAAAAAUGCCUCAUGAGGUAAGUUCAACUGUCGUAACCCAUCGGAAACCAAAAUAUAAGCUUUUUUUUUUUUUUACUCCAAUGUUUGUAAACAAAGUAAAUGUAAACGAACACUGUAUAGCCUAAAAACAGUUUUAACCAUCGUUUUUAUAUAACGCAUGGUCAGUCCUUGCAUCCAUAGCUCUUUGAAUUUGAGAGUGCCUACUGGUGCUUAGCGAUUAAACUACGUUUUUGUAUUUUUUUGUUAUUAAACAACUUGACCGUCAGUUCAAUUACUUGAAUUCCAUUUAGUUUGUUUUAUUUGGGGGGUGGCCCAACUCGUUGUUUUUCUUGAGAUAAAUCAUUCACGAGAGAAAUCAUGUCAGGAACUAUGUGGGACACUUGGCUGAAGGGAGUUGUAGUUUUCAUUAAGCAAACUUUCAACCUAGUUCAGCACAAGAACGUGGUAAUUAACUACAAUGACCAUAAUCCAUUACGCCUGUUUUUUCCGUCUUGGACCGAGAGAGAUAUACAAUUUACACCUGUUAAGUUAGAUACACACAGGCCACAUGAGAGAGGAAUGUACACAACACGACUACGAGAGAGAUGGAGACAGUUUGUGAAAGUAUGCCUUAUCUAAUUUGAAAAACAAGUACAAUUAUUUCAUCAGACAGCUCGGCAGCACGCUAGGCAGGCUAGCCUAGCUAAAAAAGGAUGACUAGACAGUACAGUAUGGGAAGCACAGGGAAUGUUGUCUGGCUGCUACUGCCUGAGCAGAGAAUAGGACUUUAAACAAUGAAAAAUAAUGAAGUCCUCAAAUAAAAACUAAGUCAUAUGCACAUCUGAAAUGUUUGAUUUCAAAGUCAUUUUCUUUUGAUGUCAUACCUAAUGUGGACUUGAUGGAGACAAUGGAAUAUUUUCAUUUUUUUUUAGCAAUUGAAUGUUCACAAUUUUUGGCUUUGGAAUUUCCAUUAAUAAGCUCUAAAAUAUUGUCAUUAUUUCAUAAUGCAUUUAAUGUAAAAAAUGAAAUAAAAAAAAUGUUAUUUGUUAAUAAUCAAACUGAACUGACCUCAAAAAAAUCACUAAUCGCGUAGCGCUAGUGUUACCAUUAUUACAUCCCCAUCCCCCAGUUUUUUUCCAGAAACAGUGGUGAGGAGGACGAUUUGCUAUUGUUUCAACUGCUGAUUGCCAGUUUUAAGCAUUGCAGAAGCAUUUCAAACGCAUCCUUUUCGUAUUAUAACUUGCUCAACACCCUAUAUUGCUUGUGGAACUGCUCAUACUCAAAGGUUAUAUGCUCAGUGCACUAUAACCGUUUAUGUAUUAUAUUGUUGGAUAAUUAAAUGCAGAGAAUAUGCGUAGGGAAUGACCAUUGUGCAUGAAAAUCUCACUCAUCUGAUUAGGUUUGUUACUGGGUCAAAAUGUACUGAGAUAUACAGGGUGCAUCUUCACCCUGAGUUCAAGGAUUUUGUAGGUGUCAAGGACUAUGUCCACGUGGCAUUUGAACUUAACAAGCAUAGAGAGAUUUGGUUUUGGAUGUUGAACAUAUUCAGAUCAAACUAUUUUCCAUUGCUUACCCACUGUUUUUAUGAAAACAAAAUCGUACAAACAAAAGCAUACCCACAACUCACUUGGUUUUACAAAAUGUCAAACAUUAAUUUUAAUACAAUGCCUGCUAAACCAGGUGCCUUAAAAAAAAUAAAAAUUGAAUCCAAACGUGAUCUACUCCCUUCAAAGUCUUGAUGUUUUGUACAGAUACAAGAUUUACUCUCUUUCUGCCCACUAUGCCAAGAAUUCUGACAUUUUACUCUGUCUGGUGUUUUAACAGGGAUCUCAUGUACAAAUGAAAAUUGAUGCUGCUUUGCCUCAGACAGUUUUCUCAUCAGUGGAAUGUAGUCUUCCUUCAAACGAUUUCAAUUCAAUAUAAGGAUAUGUUCAUACUCCAGAUGUCCAGUGUAACAUUGGGUGACAGAGACUAUCCAAAGUGUGCUGCAAUCAUGAUUCAGAGGAAUUUGAACUUGUUUGUAUGGUUGUCCUUAUUUCUGUAAACUUUUUUUUAUUUAUUUUGUAUUUGUGCUCAAAAUCAGUCAAUUGUUGCACACGUUUGAAUUUUUAAAAUCUUUUUUUGCCUUUUCUACUUAGACCUUAGACCUACUUGCCAUACCAUUUAUUUUAUAUUUCAUUUGAAAUAUUUCCUCUAGUUUACCUAUAGAAAUUAUUUUAGAUAUUCAUGAUACCGCAGCGAGCUAUAUGUUCUUGCUGAAUUACAUUUAUCAGACCCAGAGCAUUCACCAAUGGUGAUUGAUUUAGUUGAGUUUUCUAUAGAACCGGUAGAUCUGCUUUGCAAAAACUGUCAACUUACCAACCUAUUGUGUCCCCUCAAAAAUUAUCAAGAUAAUUGUGCCUCUUUGGUCCUCAUUUUCUACUGUUCCACAAACGGCUGAGUUUCAUUUUACCCGGAGCAGUGUCACAUGUACAAGCAGAUGGCCUUUAGCAGCCUUUCUUCAAUGAACAAACAAGGUUUGAAACAGUAACUCUUAAUGACACAUGUUGAGGUUUGCAUUGUUCAACAUAGAUCUGUUAACCAUGGAGUUCCAGGAAACAAAGCUCGGAUGUCUGUAGUAAUUACGCAGGAGCAGGCGGCGUUUUAAACGUGGCACGGCCUGUAUAGCGCUUAAAGCAAUGGUGAUGGUGACGUGGUGGCUGCUGCACAAAUCCAGGUUCCUUGAUUUCGCCAGUUUGCUCCAAAGUGCCACCACACAGUUAAGAUUGAAGGGGGCACUAAUUGGAGAGUGUGUUUUAAAACAAAACAAUGCAAACAGCUGAUCAUUCGCCAGCCAUGGAGCUGAAUCUCAAAGACGUACUUGAACUUCCUCAAGAGCUGCCACUCGGGCCCUGUUGCUGUGUUGGAACGCUGCCUGAGGGGUGUUGCAACUCUUGACCAGUUCCCAGUGAACUUUGGACAGUGACUGACUUCUCUUUUAAGACCUGCUGUAGCCACUGCAGUGUCGGUGUCAGUAAGGCCUUGUCCUCAGUAAUGGUGGUUGACGACCGUGUUUUUAAAAAUGUAAUUGAAGUGGAUUGGCUGGUAGCUUUGAUAGGAUUAUUAUUAUUAUUAUUAUUAUUAUUAUUUUGCUUCAGGAAAAGGCAUAGAGAUCGGUAAGGGUCACUAGGGCUGCUGGGCAGAGAUCUCUCAUCCCUUCACUGAAGUGUUGGAAUAUGUGUUCCUGCAUAGUACACAUGCAGACCAAUUCAGUGAUUACCAAUGACAUUGAGAAAACAGAUAUAACCCUCUUUCAAAGCACCAUAAACACAUCAUAUUCACACUGCAAUGAUUUACAUUUUCCUUCCAAACUUGCCAAAUUAUUUUUUUGGGAAAUCCAUACAACUCCCAAUGAGGACAAUUUUUUUUUUUAAAAGAUAUCUCACCCAUUCUUAAAACUACACAAUUCAUGCCCUUGAUGUAAUGCUUCUGAUGUUGUAUGGUAUUUCAAUAGAUAAUGUAGCAUGGGAACUUUAAGUAGUUAGUACUGUGUGUGUACUCCCCAAGUGAAAAAUAUUUGUCACAGUAGGAAGGCUGUAUUUCAUUGCUAAGUGCUCUGUAAUAAAUCUCUUGGGUGAUACUCAAACAAAUCUGUAUCCUGCUGAAACUAACAGUGACUUGAUCCUAUUAGAAAUGUCUAUAUUUGUAGUUCACAUGUAUGCCUGUUCAAAUUCAAUAAUAUCUUGACAGUUCUAUUUAUGUUGUUUAAAUGUUGUGCUGGGUUUAUACUUUUGUCCUUCGAUCUCUUUCUCUUUUUAUUUUUGUUUCCAUUUUUUUUGGAGGCACAAUUAGUUGGAGAACAGAUAAUGAUCCUUGUAAAUGUACAGAUGUGAUGUAGGUUGGAUUCAGUUAUGAUUGAUUGGAAAAAUGUGUCUGCUUGUGUAAUUGUGCCUCUCCUUCAUUUUAGUUUAGUUUCGUUUUUUUUUCAUCAUACUUUUUCUCACAGAAUUGUAUCAGCCAGGAGUUGGUACCACAGUUGUGGCUAGGUGGAGUACAGCUAUGGACUGAAGUGACUUUACGUAGCAGGUUAGGAUAAUUUAAUGUAGCAGGUUAAGGUUAGGAAAAGGGGAAAGGUUAGCAAAAAUGCUACAGCUGACCCCGAUGCGACUCGAACAUGCAACUUUUGGUCCGUAGCUGUACUCCAAUCUAGCCACAACCCAAUUUUGCUUGUAACCAUGAUUCUAUUGUCCAAUUAUAUUGUUGAUUUUAAUAUCAAAAUAAAAACCUUUGAAAACCA